AUGGCGCGAUUCUCCCCCAAGAUCUACACUCUGCUCUGCGGGUGCUUUGCAGCACUUGGCUCCAUCCUUUUCAGCUAUGAUCUCGGUGUCAUUGCCAGCGUCCUCGAGGCGCCUGACUUCCUCCGUACUACGGGUUUGGAAGGGAAAGACAAACAGACGUUAAACUACAUCGGCUUCAUCACCAGUAGUAUGCUUCUCGGCGCAUUCGUGGGCUGUAUUCCUGCCUCUCUCAUCGCCGAUGCCUUUUCUCGCCGCAUUGCCAUUACCGUCGGUGCCGCCAUUUUCCUCGUCGGUGGUAUACUCCAGACGGCCGCAAACGGCAAAGGCAUGAUGAUGGCGGGCAGGUUCUUUGCCGGUAUCGCUAUCGGCCAGCUGUCGCUCCUCGCGCCCCUGUACCAGUCGGAGAUCUCAGCUUUUCCUUGGCAUCGGCGCGGUGUUGCCAGCUGGAUCGGCUACGGUGUGACGAAGAACAACCUCGGUACGGCACUGCAAUGGCGUCUUCCUCUGGGCUUCCAAAUGGUACCCGCUGUACCGCUCCUUUUUGUGACCCUCGUGCUCCCAGAGAGCCCCAGGUGGCUCAUGAUCAAGGGACGCGAGGAAGAGAGCCUUACGGUGUUGGCUCAGCUUCACUCCAACGGUGAUGUCCACGAUCCGCUCGUUCUCGGCGAAUUCCACGAGAUGAGGGAAAAAGUCCGCGAGGAGGCUGCGACCACCUCGGGCUGGGGACAGAUCUUCCGCAACGCCGACAACCUGCGCAAAGUCAUGUUGGGCGUGAUCCUGCAGUUCUCUGUGCAGAUGACGGGUGUCUCGUUUAUCCAGUACUACGCUCCUCGUGUCUACGCGGCUGUCGGCUACUCUACUGAGACGACUCUGCUCCUCGGAUCCCUCUCGGGUGUGCUCGGCAUUCUGUCCCAGCUGUCGUGUGUCCUCUUCAUUGACAAGACCGGUCGUCGCUGGCCACUCAUUAUCGGAAACUCUCUGUCCGGUUUCCUGUACAUCUUCCUCAUGUGGAUUUCCUACAAGUUCAACAAGGACGAGGGUUCGGAGACGAUGGCGCGCGCAUUCGUGGCCGUAAACUGGCUGUGGAACAUGAUCUUCUCGGCGUGCAUCGGUCCCAUUUCGUGGGCUUACCCCGUCGAAAUCAUGAACACCGCGAUCCGCGCCAAGGGCACGGCCCUCACCUCCAUGGCUUGCUGGAUUUCGAACUUUAUGAUCGGACAGGUCAGCCCCGACGCAUUUGCCGCCGUGGGAUGGAAGUACUACCUCCUCUUCGUCAUUUGUGGCUUCACCAACGCGUUUGUCAUGUGGGCCCUCUUCCCCGAGACCCGUGGCCGCACGCUGGAGGAGAUGGACCACUACUUUGCCACGACGCAUUGGUUCGUCCCCACGGCAAAGACCGACCACCUCGAUGCUGCUGCUCGCGAGCGCGAGCUGAUCAGUCGCGAGCUCCAGCUCGACACUCCAGUUGACGAUGGCAAGGGCGACGUGGGAGGCGAGAAGGGUGUCGCAGUGGUGCGCGAAUACGCUGAGAAGUAG